CACCACAGAAGCCACACGCUCCACUCCUGCAUCACACCCACCUACCACCGCAUACCCCUCACACACACACCGGUACUUGUGUCUCCGUCCCACCCACCCCCCACCCCCCGCAAACACUCCCAUCCGAUCUCCCACUUUCCCCGGUGGUCGGCUCGGAUGAGUUAUCCGCUGGACUCUAUAGGGAGUCCCUUCAGAACAACCAUGGAUUCUAGGACGACGAGCUACGGCUACGGCCGCCCAGUCGGCACCGCCUCCAGCGGCUUCCGCUCCCAGACCUGGACCUCCCGGAGCCCGGCACCCGGCAUGACCUCCUCCUCCUCCUACAAGAGGACCGUGAACGCACCGGUCUCUCGAUCCUACGGGUCCGGGGUCCUUGGCUCCUCCGCCGCCGACGUCGAUUACAACCAGAACCUGAUGACCGGAGACUACAACAAGCGCAGCAACGAGAAAGAGCAGCUGCAAGGGCUCAACGACCGCUUCGCCGGAUACAUCGACAAGGUGCACUACCUGGAGCAGCAGAACAAGCAGAUCGAGGCGGAGAUCCAGGCUCUGCGGCAGAAACAGGUGUCCCGCAGCCAGCUGGGCGACCUUUACGACGAGGAGCUUCAGGAGCUGCGCAACGUGCUCGAGCAGAUCCACCAUGACAAAGCACAGAUCCAGCUGGACACGGAACACAUCGAAGAGGACAUCCAGCGGCUAAGGGAGCGCUUCGACGAGGAGGCGCGCAUCCGUGAGGAGAGCGAGGCCAUCAUGCGCAUGCUGAAGAAGGACUCCAGCGACUCGGACCUGAUGAAGUCCGAGCUUGAGAAGAAAGUGCAGUCGCUGCAAGACGAGAUCGCAUUCAUCCGCAACAACCACGAAGAGGAGGUGAGCGAGCUGAUCGCCCAGGUGCAGGAGUCUCAGGUGAGCUUCGAGAGGAAGGACUUCCAGAAGACCGACAUCACCGAGGCGCUGCGAGAGAUUCGCUGCGAGCUCGAGGGCCACUCCAACCAGAACCUGCAGCAGGUGGAGAACCUGUUCAUGUGCCGCUACUCCAAGCUGUCGGAGGCGGCAGAGCAGAACAAGGACGCUAUCAAGUCCGCCCGGGACGAGAUCAGCGACUACCGGCGCCAGCUGCAGACCAAGACGGUUGAGCUGGAAUCCGUCCGCGGGACGAGGGACUCCCUGGAGAGGCAACUGAACGACAUUGAGGACCGCCACAACAGCGACCUAUCCAGUCUGCAGGAGACCAUCCACCAGCUGGAUAAUGAGCUGAAGAGCACCAAGUGGGAGAUGGCCCGCCACCUCCGCGAGUACCAGGACCUGCUCAACGUCAAGAUGGCGUUGGACAUCGAGAUCGCCGCCUACAGGAAACUGCUGGAGGGCGAGGAGACACACUUCAGCACCUACCCCUACCGCGCACCCGUGACCCCCACCAAGACCCUCAAGUCCAAGUCCGAGGCCCCCAAGAUGAAGGUGCAGCACAAGUUUGUGGAGGAGAUCAUCGAGGAGACCCGCGUGGAGGACGACAAGGCCGACAUGGACGAGGCCCUGGCCGAGCUGGCCGAGGAGCUGUCCGCCACACUCGCCGACGCCGGCGAUGACGCCGAAGACGAGGCCGAAGCAGAGGAGGAAGAGGAAGCCGGAGAGGCCGAGGGAGACGAGGCCGAAGAGGAGGCUGAGGCCGACGACGCAGAACAGGACGAGGAGGAAGUGGUGAGCGCCACGGCGGCCGAGGUCACCGCUAGCGCCCCCGCUGCCGACGAUGACAACGACGAAGAGAAGGAUGGAGGAGAUGAAGUGGAAGCCGAAGCUGGUGAUGAAGGAGAGAAAGAGGCAGAGGGAGAAGAUGAGGCAGAAAAGGAUGAGGAUGCCGAGCAAGGUGAUGACGCCGAAGCUGAAGACGAGGCUGGAGAGGACGAAGAGGUCGUAGAAGAAACGGUGCUGUGCUCCAAGGACAUUGAGGACAAGGAGCAAGAGGAGGCUGAGGCUGAGGCUGAAGCUGAGGAGGCCGCAGACGACGACAAAGAUGCAGGCAGCGACAAGGAAUCUAAAGGUGAGGACGACAAAGAGGAAGAGGUGAAAGAGGAGGCCACGGUCGAGAGCGAAAAGGACGAGAAGGACGACAAAGAGCAGAAGGUCGAGGAAGUGAUCGAGGAAGUGAUCGAAGCGGCCGUCGUUGCCAAAACCGAGGUUCCUCAGGUCGGCGCCGCCAAGGCUGAAGCCAAGCCAGAGACCCCCAAGGCUGAGACACCCAAGACCCUUUCGCCCAAAGCCAGCUCUCCUGUUGGAUCACCCAAGGCAGCCUCCCCCAAGGCCAGCUCUCCCACCACUGGAUCACCCAAGGCAGCCUCACCCAAGGCCAGCUCUCCCGUCGGAUCUCCCAAGGCAGCCUCACCCAAGGCUAGCUCUCCCACUGGAUCGCCCAAAGCUGGCUCGCCCACUGGAUCACCCAAGGCAGCCUCACCCAAGGCAGCCUGCCCUAAAGCCGACUCUCCCACCACUGGAUCACCCAAGGGAGCCUCACCCAAGGCUAGCUCCCCUGUCGGAUCCCCCAAGGCAGCCUCACCCAAGGCUAGCUCCCCUGUCGGAUCCCCCAAGGCAGCCUCACCCAAGGCUAGCUCCCCUGUCGGAUCCCCCAAGGCAGCCUCACCCAAGGCUAGCUCUCCCACUGGAUCCCCCAAGGCCAGCUCUCCCACUGGAUCCCCCAAGGUCAGCUCUCCCACUGGAUCCCCCAAGGCAAGCUCUCCCACUGGAUCCCCCAAGGCAAGCUCUCCCACUGGAUCCCCCAAGGCAGCUUCACCUAAGGCCGGCUCCCCCAAGGCCAGCUCUCCUGUUGGAUCACCAAAGGCUGGAACUCCUCCUGCCUCUGAGUCACUCAAACCCAGCUCCCCUAAGGCUGAAUCUCCCAAGUCAGAGUCCCCAAAACCAGAUUCCCUAAAGGUUGAGCCACCAAAGGCUGAGUCACCAAAGGCAGAGGCCCCUAAGGCUGAGUCACCAAAGGUAGAGGCCCCUAAGGCUGAGUCACCAAAGGCAGAGGCCCCUAAGGCUGAGUCACCAAAGGCAGAGGCCCCUAAGGCUGAGUCACCAAAGGCAGAGGCCCCUAAGGCUGAGUCACCAAAGGCAGAGGCCCCUAAGGCUGAGUCACCAAAGGCAGAGGCCCCUAAGGCUGAGUCACCAAAGGCUGAAUCACCAAAGGCUGAGGCUCCUAAGGUAGAGGCCCCCAAGGAAGAGGCCCCUAAAGCAGAAGCCCCUAAGGUAGAGGCCCCUAAGGUAGAGGCACCUAAGGAAGAGGCCCCUAAGACGGAAGCCCCUAAGGUAGAGGCCCCUAAGGCAGAGGCCCCUAAGGCAGAGGCCCCUAAGACGGAAGCCCCCAAAGCAGAAGAGGCAAAGAGCGAAGCAGCAGAAGAACCAAAAGCGGAGACGAAAGACGCCGCCAUGAACGGAGGCAUGGACAAGAGCCCCGAGGAGAAGCAGAAGGACGAUGAGGACGCGCUGGCUAACGGCAUGGACGACAGCCACCUGAAGGAGGACGCCAGCCAGAAGGUGGUGAUCACCAAGACGGUGGAGACCAUCACCACCGGAGAGGACGGAGCCAAGCACGUCACCAAGUCGGUCACCGUGACCGAAACCUUGAAGGAGGUGGACGAGGUGGUGCAGGAGAAGAUGGUCUCCAUCAAGAAGAUGGAGAAGCACUCCACCGAGUCCAUCACACAGGUCACCGAGGCCGAGUGAGCAGUCUCCCCCAGGGUCCACAACCGGGGACCCCCCCCCCCCCCCCCCCCCCCCCCCCCCUUUUCCGGAAGGAAGAAGUUGCCGCAAGCAAGCGAUCCACCCCCAGAACUAACAUAGCGAUGACAUCUCACAGCUAGAGCGAUGUAAUACAGACGACGACGACACCACACCUCCACCGCCCGCCACCACACAUUCAAAUACAAGGCAUCCAAGAGAAGCAAAAAAGACGACGCUAAACUAAAAACACACACAUGCAUGUUGAGGGAAAGCUUUGUGCCGGGCUCGGCUGCGGACGCAGCGGGGAGCCGGCGGGGGGGGUGAGAUAUUUUAAUCUCUUCUAUUUUUUCUCUAUUUUCUUCCGCAGUGGACGGCAGGGUGGGUGUCUGCAUGCGAGCUCAGGGAGGAAGGGGGAGACCCUUCCUCUCUUAUGCAUAUGUACGUACGGAUGGGAUACACUGUGUGCACGGAGGGUGUGUAUAAUAGGAGCGCAUCGCUAUCUAUAGAUAUAUAUAGAGAUAGAGAUAUAUAUAUACAUGGGCGGGGUGGCAAUGACAGAUAUAUUGCUGGAUAUAUUUAUGAGGUAUUUUCUUUGUUUCGUUUUAACGAAUGUCUCUGUGGAGGUCGACAGAGGGGAUGACCUCUACCCCACAGGGACCGCCGCUCUCUGGAAGUAGCCUUACUGAGUAUGUGAAGACACCAACUGAGCCAAAAAAAGGGAAAAACACUUGACACGCACAGCGGAGAAUGAUAAGGGUGGGGUGGGUGGGGGGGUUGGGGGGAAGCGAUUGGUAGAUGAUCAUUAUAUCAUGAUCACGGUCAUGUACAUCAUAUACCUGACGCAAGCAACUAACGACGCUACGUGAACCCGAAGAAACUCCUAGCCUUAACAUGCUUUUUCUCAGUGUCUCUUAUGUUUACCUAAUCAGUGCAAUUGAAAAAUAACUACUGUAAAUGCGCAAACAAAAAGUGAUGCAUUCUUGUGUGCAUAGGAUGGACUUGAAUUUAGAUAAUGAACAAUGAAUAAUGCGGUGCUACUGUUUGCAAAUCCCAUGUCUUUACUCAUGAUCUAUUUCCCAGCAGCAUUUGCUCAAUAAAUGUCUUACUAAAGUCAAAAA